AUUAUCUGCUGCACUCUCCGCCGGCGGAUGAUGACGUCACCAGCAGUGCACGCUACAGAGUUCGAGCUGCCCAAAACUUGUUCGCAUUAAGAGGGAUAUCAUACUUCAUUGACAAUGGGGAUUCUCGAUAAGAUAGCAGAGAUAGAGAGAGAAAUCUCUCGAACACAGAAGAAUAAAGCCACUGAGUACCAUCUGGGUUUAUUAAAAGCCAAGCUAGCAAAGUACAGAGCCCAGCUUUUGGAGCCCUCGAAAUCAGGUGGCCCAAAAGGUGAAGGCUUUGAUGUCAUGAAAUCUGGUGAUGCUAGAGUGGCUCUCAUUGGAUUCCCCUCUGUUGGCAAGUCUACUUUUCUUAGUUUAAUGACAAAAACAGAAAGUGAAGCGGCUUCAUAUGAAUUCACCACAUUGACCUGCAUCCCUGGUGUCAUUGAGUACAAAGGUGCCAACAUACAGCUGCUGGAUUUGCCUGGUAUCAUUGAGGGUGCUGCACAAGGAAAGGGCAGGGGCAGACAGGUCAUUGCUGUGGCCAGAACGGCAGAUGUGGUCAUUAUGAUGCUGGAUGCAACCAAAGGUGAUGUUCAGAGGGAACUCCUGGAAAAAGAGCUUGAAUCUGUUGGCAUCAGACUCAACCGGUCCAAACCAAAUAUCUAUUUUAAGCCGAAAAAAGGUGGAGGGCUAUCAUACAAUUCGACGGUUCCGCUCACACAGUGCUCUGAGAAACUUGUUCAGCUCAUUCUUCAUGAGUACAAAAUCUUCAACGCUGAAGUUCUGUUCAGAGAGGACAGCACUCCAGAUGAAUUUAUUGAUGUCAUUGUGGGCAACAGAGUGUACAUGCCUUGCUUAUAUGUGUACAACAAAGUGGACCAGAUCUCUAUAGAGGAAGUGGAUCGUCUUGCUCAUAUACCUCACAGUGUAGUCAUCAGCUGUGGCAUGAAACUGAAUCUAGAUUACCUCCUUGAGCAAUUAUGGGAAUACCUGGCUCUGAUCUGCAUUUAUACCAAGAAGAGAGGAGAACGACCAGAUUUCGGUGACCCAAUAAUCAUGAGACGAGCUGCUUCAGUUGAACAUGUGUGCCACAGAAUCCACAGGACAUUAGCUAGCCAGUUCAAGUACGCACUUGUCUGGGGAACAAGUACAAAGUACAGUCCUCAGAGAGUAGGACUUACACACAUCAUGGAACACGAGGAUGUCAUUCAGAUUGUGAAGAAAUAAAAUCUAGUCUUCACAUCUGCUACAGAAUGAACGGAACGUGUUUUCUUUGUUAAGAACUACAAAGACUUGAUGGAGAAAUAAUAGAAAUGUAUUAUUUUGUUUAUGGAAAAUCAUCUAACUGACAAAACCCGUUCAAAUAAACAACAUUCAGAUCAUUGUUUUAGUUUUGACAUUUAGAAUAUGAAAAAAAAAAAAAUCGAAUUACCUGUUUUUAUCAGCUUUUUAAAGAUGUUUUGUUUUCAGAAUCUUAAAAAUAUAGAACAAAGAAAAAUUAUUAAACCAAAAGUAAUGAAAAACGGGCAUGAAAAACCUUUAAAUAUUAAGCUAUUUUAAAAUGAACUUUUUCCUGUUCUGGUUAAAGUCAUGGAAAAUUCACAAAAUCUUAAAAUGUCACUCAUCAGCAUGUGAAGUUCUAAUAUUAAUAUGCAUUUUUCUAGUUAUGCCAGUACUGAAAUAUUUCGAGUGCAGUUUCUUGAAAUUAAUGUUUAUUUUUUAAAUCCUUUAAUAACAAACGACUGUGGAAGUCAUUGAAAUGUGGAUGUCAAAAGGUGUGGGAACUGUUAUAUGAAUCAAAUGUUCAAAAGGUUAGAAAUUUGCUGAUAGUUUAAACCAGUCAUGGGUGUGUCAUUUAUAAGCCCCUAAAAUCAACUUUACUGUCACAGUUUAAAAAGGAGCAGAGUUCAUUCUUUAUAGAAGACCACUUCUCUUUAAAUACCAGCUGAAGAAAACUAGAGAAUAUAUAACAUGUUCUUAUAGGUGCUGGAGGUUAUGUUCCUUGUACAAGUCUCUAGGUAUGUUGAUAAUUUUUCUUUUCUCUUAUGUUAUUAAAGUCAUUGUAAAAAGAAUAAUAUGCAGGUGGAGAGAUAAUGAUGUUUUACUGUAGAUAACAAUUGGCCAUUUCACAUUUCUUCAUACUUCAUAAAAAAUAUAUGAAACUGACUGUAUUGUCCAGAGUUUUAGAUAAAUAUAGUGUGUAUAUAAUAGAACUUUCGUUAAUGCAUUAUCAUGUUCAGACAGUACCUCAGAAACACACAGACGAUAAGGUAUUGUUAUAAGACUUGAUCUUCGACACCUUUCAGCCUACCAGAAACUUCAACUCUCAAUUCAUAGCCUGCUGUGAGUG